CGGCCGGCCUCUUUGUGCUGCCCGCCGAAGCAGCGCGCUGUCCUUCGUUUCGCCUCGCCUCGCCGUGGCGCUGCCUGCCUGGCUCCGGCCGCUACUGAGGGGAUCGGUGGGUCAGCCCGCCCUCGCCCUGCUGCGGGGCUUUUCCGUCUCCGCCCCGCCACUUUACCCCGCCUCGUCUCUCUGCCCGCGGUGCGGGCUUCUCGCCGCCCCUUCCCCCGGGCUGUCUGUCAGCCUGCUCUGCUCGCUGCCCCUCCGUGCCUGUGCCCCUGUGUCCCCCGGACCUCCCCUGCCGCUGGGCGCCGGGGAUGGUGCCGCUGACAGCGCCCGUGCGCGCUUGAGCCGGCAGGGGCGAGCCCGCCGCCGCCGCGGGAGGAGGAGGAGAAGAGAUGAACCGCUUCCAGCCCGGGGUCGCGCUGCUGCUCUCGCUGCUGUGGGAGUGUACAGAGGCCAAAAAGCAUUGCUGGUAUUUUGAAGGAUUAUAUCCUACAUAUUAUAUAUGUCGCUCCUACGAGGAUUGCUGUGGUUCAAGAUGCUGUGUAAGAGCUCUCUCUAUCCAGCGACUAUGGUAUUUUUGGUUCCUUUUGAUGAUGGGAGUUUUGUUCUGUUGCGGAGCUGGUUUCUUUAUCCGAAGGCGAAUGUACCCUCCUCCACUAGUAGAAGAACCUACUUUUAACGUGUCUUACACCAGACAACCAGUCAACACUGCGUCAGGGUCACAACAACCUGGAGUGCCGUAUUACACAGAUCCAGGUGGACCUGUGAUGAAUCCCAUGGCUAUGGCUUUCCAUGUCCAGCCCAAUUCCCCACAAGGAAACCCGGUUUAUCCGCCCCCGCCUUCCUACUGCAACACACCACCUCCCCCUUAUGAGCAGGUGGUGAAAUCCUCCACGUGAGGACUCUCUGGCUCUCUGACCUGACUGUCUGAGAAGAAGGUGCCAUUGCAAAAAUGACCGAGAUGGAGGGCAUCUGCCCAUUGGAACACUUGCUAGUUCUCCAAGUCCUCUCUCCCUUCCUUCCCUGCACCUUUCCUCAUUAAAGUUACUUGCAAAGGGGUGAUUUUUAAAUAUUUUUUUUUUAGUAGAAGUGGAUUUUUUCUUUCUCUUCAAAAUAAGAGAAGUUGUCUUUGUAAUGCUUUUAAUGGAAACCUAUAUUUAA